GAUUAAAAAUAGGUUCCACAGUGUACCCAUACGCGGUAAAUGUCAAUCUGUCCGCGAAAAAUUAACCAAGAAACACCAAUCCGCCUGCUGUGUCGUUUUGCAUGGAAUUUUGAUGAACAUCCCCGGGUCUGUUGAGUGAAACCGACCAUCCCAGCACCCAUUGGCGGUCGACUGCAACCGUUUGCUGUUGUUGUGUCAGUGAGUGGUUUGCUAGUGCGCUUAGUACGGAUGGAAGAACACGAGGAAACGGUAUUAUCAGGGCGUAAUCCGGCGGGAAAGAUAUUGUCCUUGUGCUGGAAUGCGGGUGCGUUGGCUGCCUCGUACUACGAUAUCGAUCAGCUAGAGCUGUACGCCGUCCAGCAAGCGAUAGAACCGCGGCCACAGUACGUGCUGCUACGGGAGCUGGUUCGUCGGUACAAUCCACUGUUCUAUCUCAUCUCCGGUCCAACGUGCUUCCUGGAUGAUUGCGGUGAGCUGCUACGAGUGCCGACGCCAGCAGCCAGCGAACAAGCACCGGGGGCGCCUACAGCCGAUGACAAUAACAUCACCACCACCAGUACAGGUAAUGGGCCGCAUAUAAAGAUUCACGAAUUCAAUGCCCGGUCGCAGGCAAUCGCAAAGCGGCGCCUACUGGCCCUGAAACUGCCAGGGAUGCCGCGCGAGUCGGAUGAAAGCGAGUGCCGUACGUUUCUGGAGAGCAUUCUACCGUUCGAGCAGGAGCUGCUGGUACACAGCGUUGGCAAUCUGCUGCUUCUGCUCGAUGGCAUCGGUGAAUCGCUGUCGCCGGAUCGGCUCGUAACAAAAAUCAAUCUCGAAACGCCCAGCACCCAGCUGAUCAUCGAUGGGCUGACGUACGAAGCGCUGCAGAUAUUCGACGCGAGCCGGCACCCGUCCGGUUUCAAGUGCGGCACCACCGAAAGCCGUGGAAUGUCGGUGUACAGUCUGUUCAACAAGUGUGCCUCUAGGAACGGCGAGCAGUGGUUGGUGCGGCUGAUGACGCAACCGAUCCGAGAUCGAGACGAGCUGCACCGUCGCCACGAGACCGUCCAGUGGCUGCUGGAAAACAUCGGGUACGCAAACCAGCUCGAGCAGUACCUUAAGCACCUUUCCAACCUCGGCCUACUGUACCGGAGAAUACUGCAGGGAUCGGCCCGCAACGAGGACUGGAAGGCAUUCAAGAAGAACCUCUACUAUCUCUACUCGCUCUGCAAGCUGUGCGCGCUCACGCUGGACGAUCCCAAGGUAGCGGGCACGUUGAUCGACGAUCUUGGCCGGUACGUUCGCAACCACGAUAACGCGCUCAAACAGAUACUCUUCACGAUCGACAAAUGUCUCGACCUCGAGCGGGGUGCCGAAGAGAACAAACUGAUCAUUCGGACCGGGCUCGAUCGGACGAUCGAUCAGCUGCGCGAACAGUACGACGGUUUGCGUCGGGUGGUACUGGAAUCGUCGCGUGUGGAGAUGCAAAACCUUCAGCUCGAUCUGGCCAACAUUUGCGUCACGUACCUGCCAUCGUUCGGGUUCGUCAUCAGCACCCAGAUCGAUGAGCAGCUGCAUCGUUCCGGCCUUCUCGAGAACACAUCGUUCGAGCUAGUGUUUCAGGCGGACGCUACCGCUUACUUUCAGAUUCAGCUCUGCAAGGAGCUAAACACCGAGUUCGGUGUGAUGAUUGGGCAGCUAAUCGAACAGGAGCUCGCCUUCCAGACGCGGCUGAUCUCCAGCGUGGGCCACCGGUUCCCUGAAGUGAUGGGUGUGUUUAAGGAUGCCGGCAAACUGGACGCCCUUCUAUCGUUUGCGACAAUCGCCAAGAUGUACCGCUACGUAAGGCCCUGCGUUGGCGAGGAUAAAACACUUCAAAUCGGUGCCGGCCGGCACGUAAUGCUUGAGCAUAGACGAGACUAUCAAGCGCACGAUACGGACGUCGGUGUCGGUGCAAACGAGCACUACGUGAAUGUGAUCGCCGCUGACUCCACGAUCGGCAAGACGACCUACCUGAAGGAGCUGGCCACGAUCUGCUAUCUGGCGCACAUUGGAUCGUUCGUGCCGGCUGAUUGCGCUCGGAUCCCGCUGCUGGACUCGAUCUACACACGGCUCGAUCACCCGGAGUCCAUCUUUAGCGGCCGUUCGUCUUUCAUGUCCGAGCUCUACCAAAUGGCGCUGGUGCUGCAGAAUUCGAGCUCCCGGUCGCUCGUCCUGAUCGAUGAGUUUGGCAAAGGAACGAACUACAUCGAGGGUAAAGCGCUGCUGAUCGCUUCGAUCGAGCAUCUGGCCAAGCGGCAACAAGACGCACCCAUCACCUUCGUUACGACCCGGUUUGCCCGGAUUGGUGAAUUUCUGCCGCGCUCCCAUCGCUUUCUACGCGUAACGCAAGUAGCGCGGACUGGGGCCAGAGGCGAGUCGGAAACGUCCCGCAAUGUGACCUGCAAUGACACCACCUCGGUCGACGUCACUGAUCCGAAUGAUCUACUCGAGACCGCCUACCAACUAGCGUCCCGUGCCAUCGCGUUCACGCUGCUGAAACUCCACCUGACGGGAGGCCGGUUGCCGGAAGUGGAAACGGUACGGACCCUUUUCCACACCACACCGGUCACGCGCGUAAUCGAACGUUGUCUGGAAAUUUCGCAUCCCCCGGCCGGAACUUGGCAGCACGCGAACAAUGACGUUAACGAAUCGGUGCUUAAUCGAAACAGAGGAACUAGCGACUAGGGUUUGAAUUUUUCAAACACCACGUUUUCGGAAACCUUCACCGGAACGGCCGCGGCUGGCGGUUUCACGUGAAAGGUUCAGCUGUGACCUUUCGGUUUCGGUGACCUAAAACAACGGAAGGGCGCGAAUAUCGGCAGGAUUCGAUUGCAUUCAACGAUUUCAACGAUUCCACUCUCCUGCCACGCUCCUGGCCAUGGUGGUAAACGUGGUGCGGCCACAACAGGGGACAGCGCCAUCGAUGGUAAGCUGUCAAUGUCUGUGGUUCGCUGGCAUUGGCCGGGAAAAAAUGCCUCCACACACAUAAACGAAUACACGUGAACCAUGAUGAAAUGGUGCACUGAUUCUGUUUGUUUAUAAUUAAUGGUUUAUUGAUUUUUGCCGCACUGGCCGCCCUAGGUCAGGCCGACGAGCCGAGUCCGAGACAGAACCGGCAACACCAACCAACCUACCCAACACCCGGUAGGGACGAAGGGUGUGCAUGUACAUCGAGUCGUUUCUGGAGCAAUCGCGAGCGAUUGAGUUACGAACGUUCGCUGUCCACGAUGGAGAGGCUAAGAUAAGAGGCGAGGGUGCAUCUGGGUUCCGGUACUUCAGUGAAAGUGGUCACAAGGUUGCCACGGGGUUGAAAAAUAAAUAUUACAACACAACA